CCUCGCCCGCCGCUCAGCCCCGGUUGGUGAGCGUCUCGGCGGCUCAGUUCGAGUGCACCUCGGAGCCCCCCCGGGCUGCCGCCGGACGCACGGACCGAGGGACAGACUGUGCCCGGAAGCCGCGCCGCCGCCGACAGGUGCCUGACUGACGUCCUGACCCCCGGGGAGCUGGUGUGGCUAGAGGAGGGGCGUGCUGGUCACCAUGACAACAGAGACAGGCCCCGAUUCUGAGGUGAAGAAGGCUCAGGAGGAGGCCCCGCAGCAGCCCCCCGAGGCGGCCGCUGCUGUAACCACCCCCGUGACCCCCGCAGGCCACGGCCAUCCAGAGGCCAACUCCAAUGAGAAGCAUCCGCCCCAGCAGGACACGCGGCCUGCUGAACAGAGCCUAGACAUGGAGGAGAAGGAUUAUGGUGAGGCCGAUGGCCUGUCAGAGAGGACCACGCCCAGCAAGGCCCAGAAAUCACCCCAGAAGAUUGCCAAGAAAUACAAGAGUGCCAUCUGCCGGGUCACUCUGCUCGAUGCCUCUGAGUAUGAGUGUGAGGUGGAGAAACAUGGCCGGGGCCAGGUGCUGUUUGACCUGGUGUGUGAGCACCUCAACCUCCUGGAGAAGGACUACUUUGGCUUGACCUUCUGUGAUGCCGACAGCCAGAAGAACUGGCUGGACCCCUCCAAGGAGAUCAAGAAGCAGAUCCGGAGCAGCCCCUGGAAUUUUGCCUUCACGGUCAAGUUCUACCCCCCUGACCCUGCCCAGCUGACAGAAGACAUCACAAGAUACUACCUGUGCCUGCAGCUGCGAGCAGAUAUCAUCACAGGCCGGCUGCCGUGCUCCUUUGUCACACAUGCCCUGUUGGGCUCCUACGCUGUGCAGGCUGAGCUGGGCGACUACGAUGCCGAGGAGCAUGUGGGCAACUACGUCAGUGAGCUCCGCUUCGCCCCUAACCAGACCCGAGAGCUGGAGGAGAGGAUCAUGGAGCUGCAUAAGACCUACAGGGGCAUGACCCCAGGAGAAGCUGAAAUUCACUUUCUGGAGAAUGCCAAGAAGCUUUCCAUGUACGGGGUAGACCUGCACCAUGCAAAGGAUUCUGAGGGCAUCGACAUCAUGUUGGGCGUCUGUGCCAACGGCCUGCUCAUCUACCGGGACCGGCUGAGAAUCAACCGCUUUGCCUGGCCCAAGAUUCUCAAGAUCUCCUACAAGAGGAGUAACUUCUAUAUCAAGAUCCGGCCUGGGGAGUAUGAGCAGUUCGAGAGCACAAUUGGUUUUAAGCUCCCAAACCACCGGUCAGCCAAGAGACUGUGGAAGGUCUGCAUUGAGCAUCACACGUUCUUCCGGCUGGUGUCCCCUGAGCCCCCACCCAAGGGCUUCCUGGUGAUGGGCUCCAAGUUCCGGUAUAGCGGGAGGACCCAGGCACAGACCCGCCAGGCCAGCGCCCUUAUCGACCGGCCCGCACCCUUCUUUGAGCGUUCCUCCAGCAAACGGUACACCAUGUCCCGCAGCCUUGAUGGAGCAGAAUUCUCCCGCCCAGCCUCGGUCAGUGAGAACCACGAUGCAGGACCUGACGGUGACAAGCAGGAAGAAGAUGGCGAGUCUGGUGGGCGGCGAUCAGAGGCUGAGGAGGGAGAGGUCAGGACACCCACAAAGAUCAGGGAGCUAAAGCCGGAGCAGGAAACCACGCCGAGACACAAGCAGGAGUUCUUAGACAAGCCGGAGGAUGUCUUGCUGAAGCAUCAGGCCAGCAUCAAUGAGCUCAAGAGGACCCUGAAGGAACCCAACAGCAAGCUGAUCCACCGGGAUCGAGACUGGGAGCGGGAGCGCAGGCUGCCCUCCUCCCCCGCCUCCCCGUCCCCCAAGGGCACCCCUGAGAAAGCCAACGAGUCCCGGAGGACCCAGGACACCUCUCAGCAGGACUUGGUGCGUGAGUCUGGAACGGCCGUAGGCUGGGAAGUGUUCACUCAGAAAAGCCUGGCGGCGUCUCCUGAGAGAGCAGGGCUGAGGGAGGGCUCGGAGGAGAAAGUCAGACCGCUGCGUCCCAGGGCCCCAGAGAGUGACCCCGGAGAGGAGGACCAGGAUCAGGAGAGGGACGCGGCAUUCCUGAGAGACAGCCACCUGGCCAUUGAGCGCAAGUGCUCCAGCAUCACUGUCAGCUCCACAUCCAGCCUGGAGGCCGAAGUAGACUUCACGGUCAUUGGCGACUACCAUGGCAGCGCCUUCGAAGACUUCUCCCGCAGCCUGCCUGAGCUCGACCGAGACAAAAGUGACUCAGAAACCGAGGGCCUGGUGUUCUCCCGGGAUCUCAACAAGGGGGCCCCCGGCCAGGAUGAUGAGUCUGGGGGCAUCGAGGACAGCCCGGUUCGAGAGGCUUGCUCCUCCCCGGACAUGCCCCAGUUUGAGCCUGUGAAGGCAGAAACCAUGACUGUCAGCAGCUUGGCCAUUAGGAAGAAGAUUGAGCCAGAAGCCGUCCUGCAGACCAGAGGCACCGCUGUGGAUGCCACCCAGGUUGAUGGCAGUGCACCAGUGGGGAAGGGGAUCCUAACUACGCCCUCUAUCACCACGGAGACAAUAUCAACCACCAUGGAGAACAGUCUCAAGUCCGGGAAGGGGGCGGCUGCCAUGACCCCAGGCCCACAGACGGUGGCCACGGAAAUCCGUUCUCUUUCUCCGAUCAUCGGGAAAGAUGUCCUCACCAGCACCUACGGCGCCACUGCGGAAACCCUCUCAACCUCCACCACCACCCAUGUUACCAAAACUGUGAAAGGAGGGUUUUCCGAGACGAGGAUUGAGAAGCGAAUCAUUAUUACUGGGGACGAAGAUGUUGAUCAAGACCAGGCCCUGGCUUUGGCCAUCAAGGAGGCCAAAUUGCAACACCCUGACAUGCUGGUAACCAAAGCUGUCGUAUACAGAGAAACAGACCCAUCCCCAGAGGAGAGGGAUAAGAAGCCACAGGAAUCCUGACCUCUGUGAAGAGAUGCUGGUAUUUCGGGUCCAACCCAAGCCAGAGAACCAUUAAGAAGGGGCCUUCGUUCUGGAUUCUCCGACACCACACCGACAUCCCAGCUGCGACAUAGUCACUGACGAGAGACUGGGAAAGGAAAAGCAUAUAUAUAUAGAUAUAUAUAGAUAUAGAUGUAUAUACAGGAAACACCGCGUCCUUGCACUGCUGCUGGAGCUGGAGCUGACAGGGCAGUCAGCCGACAGCAACAACCAACAUCUGAAUUUUGGCAUUUUUCUUUGCUGACAAAUUGAAGAAUCAGUGGGAUUUUUUCAGAAAAAUAUAAUACAACAAUAACCCCCCACACUGCCCCCUUCCCCUGCUGAACGACAAAAGCAAGCCAAACCAUUAUGAUUGUAGCAGUACAAUGCGACUCUGGUUCUGCCUGUCAUAUCUAGUGGAUGAACAUUCCUUCCGUUCUUCUCCAGUAUCUGUUACCCACUCGAAUGCCAAGGAAAACAACUUUUGCGGCAAAGCAAGAGAAGUCACAGCAGCAAGAUACUCACGGUCAAACAUUUUCCAGGAAAGAAAGAAAAUUCCCUACUUAGGAAGGAGGAGGAGGAACUCUGGAUUAUUAUUCUUGACACUGGGCUGCAAAAUCCACCUUCCUUCCUUCCGCCUCCCCUCAUCCUCGAUUCUCACGUCGUGUCGUCAUUCUCUGUCUCCGCUCCCUCCUCGCCCACCCCCACCCCCCGCCCUGCACCCUCUGUGUCCUGGUCCUGAUGAGGGUCACUGCAGAUGACUCUCAUUUGAAAUGAAAAAAAGGAAAGAAAAGAAAGCAGGAACAGAAAACCAAGCCACAGGAAGGGAGGUUGACAUUGUCUGUUUAUGGUUUUUCUUUAUGAAGGUGCAGCUUGUAGGAGAUUUGUAUGGAUGUGCUUUUAAGUUAUGUAUAUUACAUAUUACAGGAAACAAAUAUUAAAAUAAACAGUGCUGGUAAGUAUGAUGCUGACAUUUUAAAGUUAUAAUUAUCUGACUGUGAUUGUUGUAUCCCAAGGUUCCUAGGUCUCACUGAACCGGCCCAGCAAAAGACCCGGACUCUGGGUGUGGGUUGGCUUGGUUCAGUGUAGUAAAACAGUGCGUGGUGUUUGUAAUUGGUUGAUUGGUGGGGAGGGUGGGGUCCCCAAAUGGAGAGGUGGGGGUUUGGCAAGAAGGAAGCAACAUGAGGUGUAGUCCAGCAUGUGCUGGUCCACGUUGCCUUUUCCCCUGGGGUGGGUGCAGCCAGGGCCUGGUCUGUGCUCAGACCUGGGGACCAGAGUUAGGGUUCUGCUGUGGAGGUCCACUCCAAAGAAGUCCCCCGGCACAGUCUCCUGCCUCCCUGGGGGACUUGACCUGGUUUUUAGUCCUCUCUUUGUUUUUGCCACAUCUUGCUCUUCCCUGAUGACAUGGUCACAGAAGAGAUCAGGGGCUUUAACCUGGCCUUCUAAAAGUUCCCAGCUUAGUCCCUUCCUCUCCCCCUCCCAAGUUCUGUAUCGUUCUCUUCUUUCUGGGCCAAUGUAGCCAUGGUAAAGAGGCUGUGAACACACAGAGCAGACUCCGAUAGGUCUAACCUGCAUUCCAGAGGACUUGCUUGUCCAGAACAAGCAGAGGGUGAAAGUUAGCAUUGCUCAAAGGCUCCAUCUAGGUCUGAGACCUGACUUUGGAGACCUCCCCUUCUGUCAGCAUCCAAGCUUUGAAUCUGCGGCCUUAGAGUCCCAGAAAUUGCCUCGAGACCACAGAAGCCUUUGGAGAAAACCCAGUCACAAGCUUCGCAUUACUCUCUGGCACCAUAGGGCUUCCAAGGCAGGCCUGCCACAAGCUGCUUCCCUGAACUCAGCAAAGAGAUGGAACUGAAGAGAUGAGACCCUUCUUCAGUCCUAUCUCACUUCCCCAUUUCUGCUUCUAAAGCAACCAAUAAAUUCAUUCAACAAAUAUCUGUUGAGUGCCUCUUGUGUCAGGCACUAUUCUAGGGCCAAAGGAGAAAGUGUGAGGGAGGAGAGAGACCUAGGAAGACACCUGAGCAAGCCUUAGCAUCUCCAACCAUGAUUGGCCCUCGAGAGCAUUUUCCUCAUUCUCUCCGACACAUUGGCUAUGAACAUUGCCCAGGGACACCCCCCAGAGGGCCCAGGCCACAUGCAUCCCCUUGGCUUGCUUAUCAGGUACCCCAGUUAGCGGCUCAGCUGGUGCUGGCCUGAUGCAGAACAAGAAGACAGAAUAGCAUUUGCCUAGGGGGCAGUUGGGAAGGACACAGAGCAGAGAGAGCCCAGCACAUCCCAGACUGGGUGCAUUCUCCCUGACCAGGCUAGUGGGCCCACUCCAAUGCCCCCUGUGCUACAGCUUGCAUUCUACAUACCAGGUGCAUAUUACGAUGCUGGUGGAGAAGCCACAGAACCUCUUUCUUGCCCUUCUCAACUUGAGAGCUCCCACUCUUUUGGGGCCAAGAAAGGAGCUGGAGGGGUCCAUCCUUUCUGGGCCACUUGGAAAUUGGCUCGGGCCUCCCUCUCUUUGCAGGAAUUAGGUGGCCUGAGCAUCCUGGACAUACCUCAGAGGGAGGAUCUUUGUUCCAGGUUUUGCCUCUAACCUGCUCCCCCAGAGGCACCUGCCUACAGACUCUAGGUAUGUGGCUUCAGGGCAGGGAUAAAGUGACAAGGCUUAGCUUGUGGGCUGGCAAGGAUGUCCGGAGAUCUCCCAUCCCAUGAUACUCUUACCUUCCUUCCAUGGAGAGGCAAGCAGUACCACCAGGGAGAAGAGGAGCUGCAAAGCUAAAAUCUAGGGCACCAUUUCUUUCCCAUCCUCCUCUUCACAGGGAAUAUAGAAUGUAUCUUGUCUGUCUUCAGCCUACUUUUCCUUUUUUCUUUUUUUUUAAUGAUUCUCACCCUUUCUGUGCAGCCUGUCUACCCAGGAGGCCAUGUGGUAUAGUGGGAAAAGUCCCAGAGGGCCAUCAGGAGUUCUGGGUGGCCUUCCUGGCUCAGCUCCUAACGUAUCAUGGGACAUUGGGUGGGUCCCUUCCCCUCAUGGGCCUCAACUUCCCCAACUGGAAAAUGAGCGCUUUGAAGCAGAUGCUCUCCACUGCUUCAAAGCAGAUGCUUUUUCCACUCUGCCAUCCUACAGAUCUUCAUUUUCUCUUAUUUUGCUUUUUUUGGGGAUCUUCUCUAUCUGAGGGUACAGGAAGUUCUAGGACCUGUUUCAGUUUUUGAAUCCUGCAAGCACAUUCCAAGACUGGCCUGAAAUUGCAUGAGCAACAUCAUUCUAAAUAAUUUUUUUUUUUUCCAAAAGCACCUUUCCAACCAACUGCGAUGCUGUCCUGUUCCUUUUUCAUGUCCCUCUCUCCUCUCUCGUACCCAUGCUCCCACACUUCAGUGCUCUGUGCUGUAUGCGUGUGCUCUCUGUUCUUGUAUACUCAAUAAAAGUGAAAUAAAUGUGUUUGAUGCUGAACUGCA